AUGCAAGGCGACGAUUUCACCAAGCGGAAACUGUGGGGUGGCCGCUUUACUGGCGAGACCGACCCUGUGAUGCAUGCUUUCAACGAGUCGCUGUCGUAUGACCAGCGUAUGUGGGCUCAAGAUAUCCGCGGCUCGCAGGCGUACGCAAAAGCGCUCGUAGAUACCGGCAUCCUCACCGCGGAUGAAGCCGAACAAAUUCGUGCGGGCCUUGCGCGCGUCGGCGAGGAAUGGCGUGCGGGCCAGUUCAAGGCUGCACCGGAGGAUGAAGACAUCCAUACGGCAAACGAGCGCCGUCUCAAAGAGCUUAUUGGUUCCGUCGCCGGAAAACUGCACACGGGGCGCAGCAGGAACGACCAGGUGGCUACGGACAUGCGCUUGUGGCUCAUGGACGAAAUUGAUUCGCUGAUUUCGCUUAGCUCCGAGCUUGUUAGUGUCAUGGCAAACCGCGCGCGUGAGGAGGUGAGUGUGCUCAUGCCGGGCUACACGCAUUUGCAGCGCGCACAGCCGAUCCGCUGGUCGCACCUGUUGCUCUCUCACGCGACAUACUUUUCGUAUGAUAUCGAGCGUUUGCGUGCGCUGCGCAAGCGCAUCUCCUUGCUUCCGCUUGGUGCGGGCCCGCUGGCAGGAAACCCAUUUGCAGGCCUAAAUCGCGAGGCGCUUGCGAAGGAGCUCGGGUUCGAGGUCGUGGGCCCGAAUAGCAUGCACAGCGUCGCGGACCGAGACUUUGUAGCUGAGACGCUCAUGUGGUGCUCCUUGUUCUCGGUGCAUGUGAGCAAGAUUGCAGAGGACUUGAUCAUCUACUCCAGCGCCGAGUUUGGAUUUGUGGCCCUGAGCGACGCGUACAGUACCGGCUCGUCGAUCAUGCCCCAAAAAAAGAACCCCGACUCACUCGAGCUGCUGCGAGGUAAGAGUGGCCGCUUGUUUGGCAACAUGGCUGGGUUCAUGAUGUCCUACAAAGGCAUCCCAUCGACCUACAACAAGGAUCUACAGGAGGACAAGGAGCCCCUCUUUGAUGCCGUAGACACGACGACCGCGUGCCUCAAGAUUUUGAUCGGCGUGGUUAGCACGCUUUCUAUCAACCCCGAAAAAAUGCGCGGCGCACUGACCACGGACAUGCUCGCGACCGACCUCGCCGACUACCUCGUGCGCAAAGGUAUCCCCUUCCGCGAAACGCACCAUAUCUCUGGUUCCGCCGUGAAGCUCGCGGAAGACCGCGGGUGCACAUUGGCCGACCUCACACUUGAGGAUUUGCGCACACUCCACCCCAAGUUUGAGGAGGAUGUAGCGCUUGUCUGGGACCCCGAGCAAAGCGUCGAGCGGCGCAAUGCAACCGGCGGCACCUCCAAACGCGCCGUCCUCGAGCAAGUCGAGAAGCUUCUCGCGCAGUGGUAG